AUGGAUUAUUUAAUCAAAUCCGUUGAAGAACUAGCCAAUCCUACUUGCUUAAUUGAUGCGGAAAAACUAAAACAAUGUGGACUGACAGGAAUUGUUCUUCGUGAAUAUCAGCUACAGGGGAUAAACUGGCUGGCGAAUUGUGACUCACAAAAACACGGUGGACUUUUAUGCGAUGAAAUGGGUUUAGGCAAAACAUGUCAGGUUAUUUGUUUCAUUUUAGCUACCAGGAACGAGAAACCGGAUGCUACAUUUUUAAUUGUUUGUCCACUAUCUGUUAUAGAAAAUUGGAAGUGUGAACUCGAAAAUAUUGCUCCUGGCAUUCUCUUUAUGACCUACAUUGGUGAUAAGUUGAAACGACAAGAUCUUCGAUCUAAUUAUAACAAAUCAGUCAAAGUUAUUUUAACUACUUAUGAGUUGUGUAUCAAUGAUGAAGCAUUUUUUAGCAAUAUCUAUUGGAACUAUGUUAUUAUCGAUGAAGGACAUCGCCUUAAAAAUUGCAAUACCCAGUUAUAUGCAAUGUUAACCAGUACCUGCCUAGGAACUCGUUUCAUCCUAACUGGAACACCUGUUCAAAAUAACCUUGGAGAAUUGUUCAAUCUAUUGCAUUUCGUUGCACCUAAGUAUUUUCGUCAACAGUUGUAUUCCACAUUUGUAGGUUAUUUUACAAGAACAGAUGAAUCUUCUGAAAAGAGUAAAAUAGAUGAGGACAUGGCAAAAGUUCUUCGUCCAUUUCUUUUAAGACGUAUUAAACAGAAUGUGUUAACCGAUUUGCCACCACGUGUAGAUGUCCUGAUUUAUCAUUCCCUGACAUGUUUACAAACACAAAUCUAUCGAACAUUACUCACUCGUAAUCUAGAACUGUUUGUUGAUACCUUUGUUCCUCAAAAUGAUGUACGUGUAUGCAAUCGGCUAAAUAAUCUGAUUAUGCAAUUAAGAAAAUGUGUAAAUCAUCCCUAUCUAUUCGAUGGUGUCGAACCAGAACCAUUCACUCUUGGAGAACAUUUGGUUAAUGCUAGUGCUAAACUCACUCUAUUAGAUUUUCUACUGGCUUUUCUAUAUAAUCCGCAUAAGUCAAACAAUAAUAAUUCUACAGAAAAUUCAACUAUAUUGCCCUCUGAUUCCAAAGCUGUUCAUAAAGUUUUAAUAUUUUCACAAUUUACCCGGAUGCUUGAUAUAAUACAAGAUUAUCUAACUUUAAGAGGCUACAGUUAUGAACGUUUAGAUGGUUCAGUACGUGGUGAAGAUCGUUUCCAUGCGAUAAAUAGCUUUAAUAAAGAUCGAGAAACAUUUGUAUUUUUAUUAAGUACUCGUGCAGGUGGUCAAGGUUUAAAUCUUGUCGCUGCAGACACUAUUGUAUUUGUUGAUAACGAUUUCAAUCCACAAAUUGAUGUACAAGCUGCAGGACGUGCACAUCGGAUUGGACAAACCAAACCAGUCAGAGUAAUAAGACUAGUCGGUAGACAUACAAUUGAAGAGGCAAUACUUGCUCGAGCUGAAACAAAACUGAAAUUAGCAGCUCGUGUGUUGAAUGCAAGUGAUGCUAACUGUGGUGGAAAUCAAGAUGAUAAACGUUUCACAUUUGAUGAGUUGAAUAAUGUACUUAAAUUUGGGUUGGCUAAAUUGCUCAAAUCAACUGAAGAGGACAAUGACGAAGUCGGCAACAGUCAGCAAGUAAAACAUGAAGAUGCCGAUGCCAACAACAACAACAACAACAGUGUAAAGAUUAAAAGCCAAGAUGGAGGAGGAGACAUUCAAAGUAAACAUCAGCCUAACUUUACUAUUAUUCUUGGUGAAACGGAUCCCGACACUGGACAUUGGCUGCCGCUACCUUCAUCAGCUUCAGAUAUGUGUGAAAAUGAAGAUUUGAAUUCUUCUUGUGAUUGGGUGCUACUGACUGAUGAACCGUUUCACUGUGAGACGACUAAGGCUGAUGAAGAAGCCGUUGAAAGAUUACUUAAAGACUAUGAAUCAUCCAAAUCUAAGCCGAAGAUUGAUAGUGACAUACGUGGGGUGAGGAAUGACAAUUAUGACGAUGAUGACGACAACGAUGUUGAUGGUGAUGAUGAUACCGAGUUAUAUAUGCAAGAAUACAAUGAGAAGUUGAAAAAUCCAAGUUCCAGGUUCCCUCAGAUGAGCUCACGGAGUAAAGUAUUGACACCAGAGGAAAUUGAAACUCGUAGAAAAAAGGUUGCUGAAAUGCUAGCUGAACGUCAACAGAAACGAAUGGAAAAUAAAAUUAAACAAAGGAAGGCACGCUUAGAGAAGAAAGCUUCAAUGUGGCAAUCUGUUGGUUAUCGUACAUUCAGUGUUUUUCGAGAAGAAUCUCUUGAGGCAGAAUCACGGCAUUAUCCUAAUCCUACAGGAGAAGAGGCGGAUGAUGAUGAGGACAUCGAUGGCAAUACUAUUAACGAAUGCAACGAAUUAGAAUAUGACGAUGAUCAUGAUGAAAAUGAUGCACAGUCUCUUAAUCAUCGAAAACCACAUGCUGAUAUUUACUAUAAAAUUGGUGAUGUUACUAAACCGUUAAGUAUUUUCGCUAAAAAUCAAUCAAGAAAUGAUGAUUAUAAUGUUGACGGGAAUCCACCAUAUUUUGUUUGUGUUUCAGUUGAUGAUAGUGGAAAAUGGGGCCAUGGUGGUAUUUUUCGCGUAUUGGAUACACAAUGUAAUGGUCAAAUCAAAAAUGCCUAUGAAUUAGCCGGUCAAAUGGAUGAUUUAAACUUGGGCGAUUGUUUAAUUAUCCCAGUUUUGGAUCCUGAUAAUUUAUCGUUAAGGGAGAAGAAAAUUUCGACUUUUGAUGACUGCCUCAAUCAUCAUUUAAACGAGACAACUGCCUCCUCCUCCUCCUCUUCCACCUCGAAUGAUCUUCACUGGUCAACUAAUUUUUGUGGUCUGUUAGUUGUACAAAAACAUAUCCGUCGUAAUCGUUCAGAUUUCGGUGUACGAUCAGACUUGGAUUUACGCGCAUUAGAACGAUGUUUAUCUGCUCUAGGAAUGACAUGUGCUCGUCUUAAAGCUGGUUCUGUUCAUAUCCCUCGAUUGGGACAUGGUAGUCAAGUGUUUACAUGGUAUGCUAUCGAACGCUUGUUAAAAAAGCAUCUGGUCGAUCAUUAUGGCAUUUCAGUAUAUGUAUAUUAUUAUCCACGAAACAGUAGACGAUCGGAUUCUACACAGUUGAACAUUCAGCCUACUACACCUGACUCGACGGCAGUGUCUCCUCCACUCCGAAAUGCAUCAUCAAAAAAAGGUUUAAAACGCAACCCGAAGCCUCAAGAUAACGAAGUUAGUGAUAAUAUUAAUAGUAAUGAUGGAAAAACUCCAGAUGUUAUACGACCAGCUAAGCAUUUACGGAAUUUAUUCACUGGGAAAAGUUUCUAUCUUCAUAAUUCUUCGAAAGGUGGUGAUGAUGAUGAUGAUUGCACCGAAGAAAUGAAGAAGUUGAAACGAAUAAUUAUAACAUAUCCUUUUUUAUAA